CUGCAGUUUUUGGAGACAUCAUGGACAACCCUGUUCUACAGUCAUCCUACCAUGAAGCUGCCAAUGAUGUUGAUCGAGCUAUUUCUGAAACUGUUCAAGCUAUUCAACAGAACCGAAACCCCCAAAAUCCGGCACAGUUAUUGAGAUUAUUCAGAUUUCCAUCACAAUAUACAGUGGAUGUUUCCAGACAUGAGGAGGUCUUUGAAACGACAGUCGAGAUUAUGAAAGACCAUGAACUGGCUCCUGAUAUGACUGCAGAAGUAGUUGAAGCUGUGUUAAGUCUGUCAGGAUGUGAGCAGCCUCCAAUAACAUGCGAGGACAUGUGUUUUCAUUCCAAAUACCGUACCGCCGAUGGCACCU